AUGACUGCUUAUGUUUCCCACCAUGAACUGCUACCUGCCGCUCCUAAAUACAUGUACUAUGCAAAACAGGAUCCAGUUAAAAGAAAAUUCCCGAAUCCAAGGGCAGAUGUGUCGUUCUCCGUCUACGCCUGGCAGCCGGAUCAGGGACGUGACCGCGACCUACCCCGGAGGAAAAGGGUCAUAUUCAACCGUGGAUCGGGGCGCGACUUACAUUCGUUCUCCGUCCCGGCGCGUCCUGGGUCACAGCAGCAGACGCCACGCGCCGGACCCGCGAGCUGGAGUCCGGGACGGGCGCCUCCCCGGCUCGUCCCCGUGUGCAGUGUGGUCGCGCACGGCCCGGGGAGCGACAGGACCGCAGCACCAAGCCCCACCGCCCCGCUGCUCCGACCCUCAGCGGGCGGCCGGGGCGCCUCCAGGUCCGCUCGGGUCCCCACGUGCCCCGCGAGUCGCCGCAGGCGCCCCCCGGCUCCCCCCUCCUCAGGGCCCGGCGCGAGCCCGCGCUCACCGUGGUCGCCGGGCGAAGGGACAGCGGGCGCCCCGGCCAGCGGCGGGUCCGGUACCGAAGCCUCCGUCCGGCCUCAGCGCGCGGCGAGGACGAACCCGCGGCCCCGGGGGCUGCCGUUCCCCGGGCUCGGGGCUGCCGGCCGGGGCUGCGCUCCUCCGGGAGGGCGGCCGGACGCUCUGUCCGCGGCGCCGGUCCCCGAGGCCGCCCGGAACGGCGAAGCGCACGGCCGCGCCCACACCGACGGCCCCCGCGCCGGCCGACCCCUCCCGUCACCCGCGCGGCGCACGGCCGGGGCAGCCGCGGGCCCGGGGAGCCAUCGGCGCGGGGCGGGCUGCGGCCCGCGCGGUCCCCGAAGCUCCGGCGCCGCCUCCCCGCCCGCGCGCGGCUCCCUGGAGCAGCGGCGCUCGGAGGACGGGGUGUCCUUCGGCCCAGCUCCGCGCCCCGGGCCCCUCCUCCCGCCGCCGCCGCCGCGCCCGCCGCGCGCUCCUCGCGGGUUCGCGCCCCGCACCAGCCGCCGGGCCCGCGGGUGGCGGACGACCGGCGCUCGGCUCCCGGGCGCGUCCUCCGCGGGCUGCGGUCAGGUGGGCGGGCUCCGGGCGGGGGCUCCCGGCGGGGGCUCCGGGCGGGGGCGGGGCCACCCGCGCCCGCGCUCCCACCCCCGCGUGCGGCUUCCUGCCCCGCGGGAAACCAGACCCCAAAGUUCCCGGAACGCGGGAGCGAGCAGCCCCCAACCCCGGCCCGCGUCUGAGCCCGCGGAGCUGCGGGCUGCGCGGGGCUCGGCCCGGGUGACCCGGGGGGCUGCCCUGAGGCCUGGGCGCGGGCCGGGCCGAGCUGGCUGCGGGGACGGUGCGGGCGCCGGGAGCUGUGCGCUCCCCGCGUCCUUCCCGGUGACGGCCCCAACCCGCGGGGCCCCGAGCCCUCACUGCUCGCAGGGGCGCCGGGACUCGGCGCUGCCCCUGCUCGCCCGGGACGGUGCGGAGCCUGGUUCAAGAGCCCGCGGCUGCUCGCGCUCCGCUGCGGAGACACUCAGAACCGGGUUCGGGUUCGCUCCUCAGAACACAGCACCUCGGCGCAAACCCGUCUCCCGCUCCUCCGACCGCGGAUGUCCCCCGCGACGGGCCAGGGCCGGCGGUGUCCUCCCGCACUGGCCCGCGGGCCGGCCGGCUCCGAGCGGCGGUAGCAGGGACCGCGGCUCCCGUGCGUUGCACGGCGCGCUGCUCGGCGGGGUCUGCUCCCGGGGACACCCUGGGGGCCUCUCGGACCCCGCGGCUGCACGACGGCGAGAACGAGCCGAACCGCCCCACGAUCCGGACACCAGCCGACCGCCAGCUCUCGGGACGCGCACGAGCAUCCCUGCGCCCCCAGACCCCGGAGCCCUUGACGGCAAAGAUCGGACAAGGUGUACGCAGCACCUGCCGGAUUUCAGACGAGCCGCGCCUUAUUUAUUGCUUAAUUAA